AAUAACACCAUCAUCAUCUCUCUGCUCCCACAAUAGCUUAUAUUCAGUCGACCAUUUUUCAGCUACAGACAACAUGACUACCUAUUUAAUCACUCAGGCAACUGGACAGCAGAGCCGCUCGGUCAUCUCACACCUCCUUCAAGCUGGUGCCAAAGUGCAUGCUGUUGUUCGCGAUCUUCAGAAAGUCCCACCCAGCUUGCAGCACCCUAGCAUCACCCUCUUCCAAGGUGAAAGCAAGAACUUGGAUGGUAUCCUCCAGGCAGCCCAAGGUUGCAAGGGAGCUUUCCUGAACACGUUCCCUUACCCAGGCCUAGAGGCCUUGCAGGCUAAGACCAUUGUCGAAGCAUGUCAGAAAGCUGGCGUCGAAAGUGUUGUUGCAGCUACAACCCACGGCACAGGAAGCAAAGAUUUCUGGGAUGACAACGUCACUAGGGAGAUCCAGCUGCACCAGUACUUUUGUUCCAAGGCAGAAGUUGAGGAAAUCGUCCGGGCCGGAGGGUUCAAGUCGUACACUAUCCUCCGCCCAGCUGUCCUCCAUUUCGACUUCUUCGUACCGGGCGCUUACGGAAACUACCCUCGUCUCCCUACACAUGGAGAGAUUGACGACGUUCUUGUCAAUGGUGCUCGCGUGCCUUACACGGACGCGAACGACGUCGGCAAAUACGCUGCGGCGGCCCUGCAAGACCCGACCAAGUUCAAUGGUGAAGAAAUUAACAUGGGCCAUGAACUCUACACCAUGGAGGAAGUGCGUGACAUCCUCGUCAAGGUUAGUGGCAGAAACGUGGGAGUGACUAAGAGAACUCCCGAAGAACUAGAAAAACUGGGCAUUAGCGUGUUUGGCCAAAAGUUCCAUAUUAUGUCCAACGUCAAGGAUCUCAGCUGGACCACUCAGUCUUCCAAGGAUGUUGGGGAGAAGUUCGGCAUGCCCUUGGGUUCCAUUGAGGAGGCGUUGCAGAGAGACAAGGCUCAGCUUUUGGAGUGUUUGCCUGAGAACUAG